CGGUCGAUGGAAAGACUUUAUGUUUACAAAGUAAUGUCUGCGUAAUUCUUUAACACUGUUAAACUAAUUCCAAGACAACACAUAAAAUCUGAUGUUAAACAACACAUCGAUGAACAGGGUUUUUGUAUAUGGGACACUUAAAAGUGGACAACCUAAUUAUUUUCGUUUGAUGGAUCCUGAUUCUGGGUCUGCAAAAUUUGUUAACCAAGGAAAAACAAUGGAGAAGUACCCGCUUGUGAUAGAGAGAUUAUAUAAUCUGCCAUGCCUGUUACACGUACCAGGGACAGGAACGAACGUCAAAGGUGAAAUUUACGAAGUGGAUGAAAAGAAAAUGAGGUUUCUUGAUUACUUUGAGGACCAUCCAGAAAUGUAUAAAAGAACUUUGAUAUCGGUGGAACAUCAGAACUCCGUGGAAACUCAGUCCAGUGUCACAGACUCACACAGUAACUCUCCUCACACAGAAAACCAACCGAACACUUCCUCCCAGUGUUGGUGCUAUUUUUAUAACGAUCGUGACGGUUCUCUGAAAGACCUUCCUCGCCUGGAUAAUUAUGAUUCUAAAGGAGACCAUGGUUUAGAGUAUGACUCGAGUUUAGAUGCGGAGUUUGAUAAGUAAAUUCCACAUGUUAUAUCACCGAGGAUAUCUCUGAAACUUGGCUUGAUGCGUACGAAAAAUGUUGUUUGAUGGAGUAUUUGUAAUUUUUAUAUUUUGUACUAAAAUUUAUCGUGUUUUUAAGAAAUUAAAAAGAAAA